GUCAUCUUUGUUAGCACCACCCAACCGUCUGCCUUAGGUAAUCCUCCCAAGCCCAGUCAAGCCCAUCCUCACCUCGAGCCUCUCCUGACGAGCCCCUCCGAUUGAAAAGCUCCACGAAUCGGUAGCCAACCUCCAUAGCUGCCAGCUACAUACCGACAUCCUUACCUGCGUCCGACCUCACCUCCCUCGCACGCUCCCCGCCGCCGCCGUCGUGCUGUCGAGAGCUCAUCACCGACUUUUCUCUGGGUGCACCAACUGCAACUCGACAAGAUGCCGGCCUACAACUCGAUGUUCAACGGGGACCCGAACGUGCCGCGGCUGGUGGGCAACGUGCCGCUGCUGCCGCUGCGGACGAAGACGCGGGGCCCGGCGUACGCGCUGCCGCCGCUGCCGGCCGGCGCGCCCGCCGCCGAGUCGCCCGACCCGGACGCCGAGAGCUACGACAUCCUCGACGAGGUCCUCGCCCUCUUCCGCGCCAACACCCUCUUCCGCAACUUCGAGAUCCAGGGCCACGCCGACCGCCUCCUCGUCUACGGCAUCCUCUUCGUCAGCGAGUGCCUCGCCAAGAUCCGCCCCGCCCACUCCCUCCGCGACGCCACCAAGGAGGUCCUCAACACCGCCCUCGACCUCAACUUCGCCAUCCCCGGCGACCCCGCCUUCCCCCUCAACCAGAUCUACGAGCCGCCGCGCGACCGCCAGGACGCGGAGCUGCUGCGGCAGUACCUGUCGCAGGUGCGGCAGGAGCUGGCGACGCGGCUGCUGGCGCGCGUCUACGACGAGGAGGGCGGCGACGGCAAGCCGAGCAAGUGGUGGCUGAGCUUCACGAAGCGGAAGUUCAUGGGCAAGUCGCUGUGAGGCGGGUGUGCCACGACCGGAGGGAGACUUCGACGCCGGGGAGACGAGAGAGUACCCGUACCGUUACCGACCUGACCCUACCAUGUGUAAAAAAAAAAAAAGGGGAACUGCCUGCUUGUCCUAUACAAUCUACGUGCAGCCGUAAGCGGUGAAGAGGCUAGGGGAGGAGAGGGAGGGGGGGG